AUGCUGCAAGACACUUGCAAGAAUGCCUCUUCAACGCGUUGGGAGGGGUGUUCUACGAUAUCCAAAAUCCAAAGCAUCUGGACAUCCAAGACUCAAUCACUAGCUAUGAAUCUCGGGUCUCUUUCAAAAGGGCCGUGGACUUGGGACCUUCCCACACAUCCUGAACUUGAGCGCCUCUCUGACCUAGGAGGUCGAAAUGAACCAUCACUUUUCCUGAUGACUCUCUUCCGUUCAUUCCCAAAGCUCAAAGAAUUCAUCGUGAUAAUGGACAGGAAGGUUCCUGAUGACCGACCACCCAUUGGGACUCCACAGUUCUCAAUACACUUCGAAGACUCUCACGACCUCGCAGGUGGAGAUAUCUCAGGGCGUUGGAUCCCAGGAGCUCUCAAGCAUUUGAAAGAAUUGUUUCCAGACUUACACCAGCCUCAUGUUUGUCUGGCCCGUUUGACGGAGGAGAGUAACCCAUCAAUCCUCAGACGUCGUGAUAAUUAUCUUCAUGCCUGCUGUAAGUACUGUGAGGCAGGACUCGAUAGGCAGCGAUCGGAGUUUGCAUCUGUCUCACCUCCUGGAUCGGAUGCUGCAAACCCAAUAUUGCCAAUGUCUAGCUCUUAG